GUGUUAAUCAAUCCUCACUCGGAUAAUUUCACUUAUUAUUACGUGUAAUUCAUAUUUUGUGAAGAAAAUGGAUUCCAACAAGGCAAGCUACAAUGCUGGACAAGCCAAGGGCCAAGCUGAGGAAAAGGCAAGCAACAUGAUGGAUAAGGCUAGCGACGUAGCACAAUCUGCAAAAGAAUCCGUGCAAGAGGGAGGUCAGCAGCUACAGGCAAAGGCACAAGGAGCUGCUGAUGCCGUGAAGGAUGCAGCUGGCGCCAACAAUUAAUUAUUGAAUUAAUAUUAAUGAAGCUGCUUUCAUUAAUUAAUCAAUAAUAUGAUGUUCUUCUUCUUCAUUGAGAGCUCUAGGGUUCCUGAUUCACUUGAUUUCAGGAUUUUAAUUUUAAUUUAAACUUCUUGAUUCAUUUGAUAUGCUUUAGGGGUUUUAAAUUAAUCUUUUUAAGAGAUUUCGAGUUAUUCUGACUCUUUAUAUGUAUU